AUGGCUGCAGAUCUUUGCACGGCGAAGAGCUGCGUUAAGCACCACUUCUGCCUCAAUCUGGCCGACCUCGAAACUCGAAUCGCAGCCAUCCCUAUUGAACGAUACCGUAACUUCUGCAUUGUCGCGCAUGUUGACCAUGGCAAGAGCACACUGAGCGACAGACUUCUGGAGCUGACUGGUACCAUCCAGCCAGGCUCCAACAAGCAAGUUCUUGACAAGCUAGACGUCGAAAAAGAACGCGGCAUCACCGUCAAAGCGCAAACAUGUUCCAUGAUCUACAACUACAAAGGGGAGGAUUUCCUUCUUCAUCUUGUGGAUACUCCUGGCCAUGUUGAUUUCCGCGCAGAGGUUUCACGAAGUUAUGCCAGUUGUGGAGGGGCUCUGUUGCUGGUGGACGCCAGUCAAGGCGUUCAAGCCCAGACUGUCGCCAAUUUCUAUCUGGCCUUCGCACAGGGCUUGUCAUUGAUCCCGAUCAUCAACAAGGUCGAUCUGCCUCACGCCGACCCUCCGAGAGCAUUGGAACAGAUGCAUGAUGCAUUUGAAUUGGAUCCCGAUUCGGCCGUUCUAGUGUCAGCAAAGACCGGGUUAAACGUGGAGAAUAUCCUCCCAGCUGUGAUUGAGAGAAUCCCAGCCCCUGUUGGUGAUCACACGAAGCCACUACGACUAUUUCUAGUAGACUCCUGGUAUUCGAGCUACAAGGGCGUUAUUCUAUUGGUGCGGAUAUUUGAUGGCGAACUUCGUGCAGGAGACCAGAUCAUUUCUUUCGCGACAGGCCUAAAAUAUACUGUGGGCGAAGUGGGCAUCAUGUAUCCGGAUCAAACGCCUCAAAGGGUCCUUCGGGCUGGUCAAGUCGGAUACGUCUACUUCAAUCCCUCGAUGAGAAAGAGUAGCGAAGCCAAGAUCGGAGAUACGUACACAAAGGUCGGAUUUCAAAACCAAGUCAAACCACUGCCGGGCUUCGAAGAACCCAAACCCAUGGUCUUUGUCGCGGCAUUCCCUGUGGACCAAGGCGAAUUCGAACAUCUCGAAGAUAGCAUCAACCAUCUUUUGCUGAACGACAGAAGUGUCACUAUCCAAAAAGAGUCGUCAUUGGCACUUGGGGCCGGUUUUCGUCUGGGCUUCUUGGGCACACUACAUUGCUCAGUCUUUGAGGACCGACUCCGACAGGAACAUGGGGCAAGCAUCAUUAUCACUCCACCCACUGUGCCAUUCAAAGUGCUGUACAAGAACGGCAAAGAGGAAGUUAUCACGAAUCCAGCUGAGUUUCCUGACAGUGAGGAAACGCGCAGGAAUGUGGCAGAGCUUCGUGAACCCUAUGUUCUAGCAACUCUAACAUUUCCCGAGGAAUACCUAGGAAAAGUGAUGGAACUCUGUGAGGCUAACCGGGGUGAACAAAAGUCCAUGGAAUACUUCACGUCCUCUCAAGUCAUUCUCAAAUACGAAAUGCCUCUGGCACACCUCGUCGACGACUUCUUUGGAAAAUUGAAGUCGGCAACCAAAGGUUAUGCUACCCUCGAUUACGAAGAAGCUGAGUGGCGUGUCAGCAACAUUGUCAAACUCCAGCUCCUGGUCAACAAAGAACCUGUCGAUGCCAUCUCCCGCGUCAUGCAUCAAUCGCAGGUGAGGCACGUUGGGAAACAAUGGGUGGAGAAGUUUAAGGAACACGUCGACCGCCAAAUGUUCGAGGUGAUCAUUCAAGCUGCAGUCGGUCGACAAGUCAUUGCCAGGGAAACGUUGAAACCAUUCAGGAAGGAUGUCACAGCAAAGCUACACGCUGCAGAUAAGACGAGGAGGAUGAAGUUGUUGGAAAAACAAAAGGAGGGAAGAAAGAAGCUUAAGGCUGUGGGCAACGUGGUUAUUGAGCACUCAGCGUUCCAAGCAUUUCUGGCGAAGUAA